UCUAAAUAUGGAGUCAGAAACUUCAAUGCAAGACCGCAUUGAGUCCAAGAUUAAGGAAGGAUUUAAAGAUCUUGAGUUCUUCCAUUUGAAAGAUCAGAGUGAUGGGUGUGGGGCUAAGUUCUUUUGUAUCGUUAUUUCUGAAGAAUUUGAAGGAUUGAAGCUUCUUGACAGACAGAGAAAAGUAAAUGAUCUCAUCAGUGAUGAGAUCAGCGAAGUUCAUGCUCUUGAACUUAAAACUUGGACCCCAAAACAAUGGGAGACUAAGAAGGAAGGCUUAGGAUUUUAAAAUAC